AUGCAUGUAGACAAUCAAAGAACCUCAAAGAAACGACAGUUAAGGUUGGUUUUACCUUCAGGGGAGCGACGACAGGCUUCACCCACGCUCAAAUUAUUGGGAGUGACGUUAGAUAGUCAGUGGAAGUUCUCCAAACAUGUUGAAGCGAUAGCGAUAAAGGGGAAAAUGGUCUUAGGAAUUAUACGCCGAUUGGGGGGAAUAACCUGGGGUGUCACAGGGGCUUCGAUGCGCAACCUAUACCAAGGCUGUGUAAGACCCAUAUUGGAGUACGCAAGUCCAGUGUGGUAUCCUAAGAUAACCAAACAAGAACGGGAGCAGCUCCAACGCAUUCAAAAUACGGGAUUACGAGCCAUAUUGGGUGGUUAUCAUCAAACACCCAUCGAUUGCCUCCAUAGAGAUACUGACAUCAUGCCUUUAGAGCAACGAUAUGAUACCUUACAGGAUAAUUAUAUCGUGCGACUACAUCGUAAUGUGGAUCCUGAGAACCCAGUUAAUGCUGAGUCUACAUGGUGGAGAAAGCAUAUGGAACACAAUGAGUUGGUCCAACGACUCUAUGAGGUUCUACCCAAAGAGGAAAUCUUUCAAGACCGGAUUCGACGACGGAAACCGCCGUGGAAGAAAGAGGACAUGGAAUCUGAAAGUAAAGCCUGGAAGGUCAAGAGUGAACUAAAGAAAAAGAUUUAUCAAAGACAUCACACAAUAUGGGAAACACAAUACCGGACGUCUGCAAAAGGAGAGUUUUACCGGUCAUAUACUCUUCCAAGGUUAUAUAAUGCAGACCACAAAAACCCUUUGAGAUAUUUCUUAAAUGAAUGCUCAAAGAAUGAACUCAGUAAACUGGUGCAGUUACGAACAGCCAAAGGAGCGUUUGGAAUGUUCUUCAAGAGGUUUAAAAUCAACAACCGACCCCAUCAAUGUGAAUGUGGAGAGGAAGAAGAUGUUAAACAUCUAUUAUGUGAGUGCCCAGUCACUGAAAAUCAUCGUCAGAUCUUACGUGAUGCUUCUGCGACGCUAGAUAUAAAAGUCCUCCUUGAUUCCAAGAAGGGCUUAAAAGCGGUAUUGGCUUUUUUGGCCAAAGCUCCGCAAUUACUUUAG